GGUUAAAACUAUACGUGGUAUUUGCGCGAAUCGCGUACCGUAUAUUUUACCUGUGUUUAUUCUAUUUAUAGAGUUUCUGUUCAGCGCAAAUUCUUUUUUUAGAGAUUAUGUUUCUUUAAACUUAUUAAAAAUAUCUUUUGAACAUUUAUCUAGUUGUUUUCGAUUCUAUUAUGAUAAUCAGCAAAGUGAGACUAAUUUGUGAAAUUAUAUAUUUACUUAUUAUAAUAUUUGAAAUUUAAACUAGUCUAACAAGUUUAUACGGAGUCUCACUUCGCUGACGCCCUUGAGAGUGUUCAGGUGUGAAACGGGUGAAACGUGUGAGUGAUACUAGUACCUUACAUUAUUUACGUCAUACCUGUUGCAAGUGAGUGCGCUAGUCUACUAAUUGACUGUGUGUGGCACCGCCGCCAUAUAUUGGAGGUUCGUUGAUGUCAUAUUUUGAAGUAAAUGCAAAUUGUGUAUUAUCAAUUUUUUAGUGUUUCUGUGUGUGUCUAUUUGUAAUAUGAGUUAUUUUGUUUAUAUAGUAGCUCAUUGCCAAUAAAUUUAAUAUUUAAUUGAAAUAAAGAACUUGAACAGAAUAAGCGAUUUUAUUCUAUUACAAAAUGGCGUCGUGGACAGGAUUUCAAACAUUUUAAUUGGCAAUGAGUUACGGUUAGGGUCCAUACACUGUGAAGACGCUCAACGUUGUGAUCUGAUGUGGCUGUGGCAAUUUUGGCUGAUGACCCUGUUAUUGUGUUGACAAUACUUCGAUGAUCAUCAUAGACUAACGGUCAACUGAUAUCAAGAACUACGUACAAACACCGUUCUCAACGCAACGAUACAUUGUCAAGGACCUUGGACAUUCCAUCCUCAUUACAGUGCGCGUGUUCCAAUCAACAAUCAACGCCCAUUGAGGUGAUAAACAACAAUUGCACCUAUUAUUAACUGUAAACUCACUUAUAACAUUGUUUUUUUUUUGUGCAUUGAUUUGUAUUUGAAAAUGCCUACUAAAAACGAAAUCAAAGAAUUAUUUGACCGUGAAAGAGAAAAGUCUGACCAGUUAGAAAGUGAGGUAUUAUUACUACAUCGAAGGUUAAAGAAAGCAGAGCAUGAAUUAAGUUUGAAAGAUGAAGAAAUGAAACAAAAGAGGGAUUCAAAUCCAAAUAAAACUGUGUUUGUUGCGAGAGAGAAGAAGAUUGCAAGGUUGUGUGGGAGACCUGUGAAAGAGAGUGACCCUGAUGUAGCAGAAUGGCUUGAUGAUGCUAGGCAACAUUUGAAAGUUAUCAAUGACAAUGAUGCUAGGAUAGAUUUUUUAAUGGAUAACUUAGGUGGUCAAGCUAAAGAUGAAAUAAGGUUGAGACCAAGACUAGAGAGAGAUACAGCAGAGAAAAUCUUAGAAAUCAUUAAGAGUGUUUUUGCAAGUACAGAAACUCCCGGAGCGCUGCAACAACAAUUCUAUCAACGAGAUCAAAAACACGGCGAGUCGCUGCAAAAUUAUUCGUUAGCCUUAAUGAAACUUCUUGAUAAGAUCGUGGCAAAAGAUGAAAACGCGGUUACCGAUUUUGAUGAAAUGUUGAAAGAACGGUUUGUUGAGGGCAUUAGAAAUUCAUCUCUCCGAAGAGAGAUACGACGGUUCUCAUUCGAAAAGAAGGCUAUGUCAUUUGGUGAGUUUAGACAAAAAGUGUUACAAUGGUCUGAAGACUAUAAAAAUGAACCACUUAGCAAAUCAUUUUCUGCACAUGAAAUCACUUCACAGGAAAGUGUUAAAUCAAAGGUUGUUAAAGAUCAGAGUGAAGAUCAAUUGUCAGAAAUUUUAAAAAUAUUGAAACUUCAGCAAACGCAAAUUGAUGAAAAUCAGAAAGAAUUGAAAAAAUUGUCUGAAGCCAUGAAAACAAGUAAACCACAGUAUGAAAAUAAGUAUUUGCAAGGUAGACAAUUUCCAAAUGUUAGACAGUCCCAUUUAACAUGUUUUCGUUGUGGUGGGAAGGGGCAUAAAGAGCAAGACUGUAGUACUCAGUUAGACACCAGUAGUUUUUCGCGCAAAGGUAAGUCACAGGGGGCAUCGUUCUCUAAUCUUCCUUUAAACGAGAAGCGUCUGUUGUAGAGAGUCGCCCAGCGGACGAGAGAGCAGAGACGAAAGACUCAAUUGAUCAGAGAAUCAUAGAUAGAGCUAUAGGACAAUGUCCUGUCGUAACGGUACAGAUUGAAGGUAAGCCAAUUUCGUGUCUAAUUGACACUGGUUCACAGGUAUCUACAAUAACCGAGUCUUACUUUCGAGAUCUGUUAAAAUCUGAACCCAAAUUGAUUGACGUAACAAAAUGGAUGAAAGUGUCUGGCGCCAAUCACUUGCCUAUACCAUACAUUGGUUAUAUUGAGGUAGUGAUAGACACUGCGCAUGGUUCUGUGCCAAAUGUUGGUGUACUGGUUGUCAAUGAUACCACAGACCAAUACGGUAAGCAGAAAAAGUUGCAAGUUCCCGGAGUACUCGGAAGUAAUUUCUUCCGUAUUUUAAAGGAACAGGUUGAGCAAAAUUUAUAUUCAGUCACUGAACAUAACGAUCAGUUGUUGAAUACGUUGUCGAUAUUUGAAAUGAGUACGUCAAUUUCAGGUUCCAAAAAGUUGAGUUUUGUCAAAGUUGCAGGUCAAGAUCCUAUAAAAAUACCAGCCAAUUCAAUGAAAGUUGUUAUAGGUACUACACGUCAGACUUCUAGAAACUUUAGUGGUUUGGUACAAGCAGUACACGGUAAUUAUGGCACUCUUCCUAAAAACACCUUAUUAAUUGAUACCUACGCAGAUGUAGAGAACGGCAAGAUCCCAGUCAGAGUCGUUAACAUAGGAGACGAAGAUGUUUGGUUGAAUCCGAAAUCCAGGCUUGGUAUACUUCAUGAUGUAGAGGUUGAGUUUGCUAGCCAGCCGAACUGUCAUGCAGAAAUAGAGGUAAGGAAUCAAGAGAUCAAUGUGUCUAUAGAAAGUAUUCAAAAAGGGAAAGAUCAUGAUGUCAAAGCAGUUGUCAGUACAAAGAAUGCGAUUCAGAUUCAUGGUGUAGAAGUAGAUGUUGGAGAAAAUUUAUCAGUUGAGGAGA